AUGGCACCUAUAACUGCCUCUUCUGUGGCGACCCAGCUCUCUCCUUCAGCAGACCAGGAAACUAAUCUCUUCAUAAUUGCUGGAAUGGCCGUUGCUAUACUAAUACUCUGGAAUGUCCCUUACUUGAAACUCGUCCUCUAUCCCUUCAAGAUUGUCACUGUUGGCCUCCACGAAUUCGGUCACGCUUCUGCAGGACUGUGUACUGGUGCAAAGAUAGAUGGAAUAGAGCUAGAUCCUGAUGAAGGCGGUGUCACUCAUUUACGUGGUGGUAAUCCAUACAUCACAUUACCCGCGGGAUACAUUGGUUCAUCAGUUUGGGGUGCAUUGCUGGUUUUCGCUGGAUUCGAUACUCUGGCAUCACAAAUCGCUUCCAUUGUGUUGGGUGUCAUCAUGCUUCUCGUGUUAUACUGGGCAAAAAAUUGGCUGACCCGUGGAAUAUGCUUCUUAUUUAUGGGACUGAUAGUUGGCCUGUGGUUUGUGGAUGGAGGAAAAGGAUUACGCUAUUUCGUGCUGUUUAUGGGCACGAUGAGUGUUCUAUACUCUCUCUUUGAUAUUGUUGAGGACUUGAUUUCGAGGAGGGUGAACGAAUCUGACGCCUCAAAGUUCUCCAAGAUAUGUUGUGGUGGAUGUCUUCCACCUCAAGUAUGGGGGUGUCUCUGGCUGUUAGUGUCACUGAUUUUCUUGUCAGGAGCGAUAGUGGGAGCUCUUGCCUAUUUCAAAAACAACUAG